GCUACGGAGGCGAAUGCGGCGGUGGACGGGACGGGGAAUCCGAUCCCGACGUCGGCGGUUUUAACAGCUUCGGCGAAGCAUAUAGGAAUCAGGUGUAUGCAAGAAAACAUGGCGUUCCUGAAAUGCAAGAAGAACGAUCCUAACCCAGAGAAGUGCCUCGAGAAGGGACGCGAAGUCACUCGCUGUGUUCUUGGCCUGCUGAAGGAUCUUCACCAGAGAUGCCCCAAGGAGAUGGAUGCUUACGUUGGAUGCAUGUAUUAUUACACCAACGAGUUUGAUUUGUGUCGGAAAGAGCAAGAAGCCUUCGAGAAAGCGUGUCCGUUGAAAUGACAAGUCAAGUUUAUUAGUAUCUCCAAAUUAAUAAGCAACUGUUUUGUUUUCAGUCUUGAGCUUUUUACUCUAAUCACACUCUUCCAUCGCUGCUUCUUUUCCUUUUCUGAUAGUGCGAAAACCAUUGUUAAAUCAUGUCAUGUUUCUGUAUUAAAUUAUCUUAAAACA